AUGGCUAUAAUGAUUUUUUUAGCUGGACUCUUGUCUGAGUUUGAGACUGCUAAAUCACAUAUUCUAUCUAGUUCUGAGAUCAGCUCUCUCAAAGAUGUUUUAAGUCGAGUGUUGCGCACAGAGAGUACUCCAUCCAACCAACAGACCAAUGUGCUUGUUGCAAAAGGAGGAGGAGGAAGAAAUAAUGCAGGAAAAUGGAACAACAAUGAUUCGGGGAGAUGGAACAACAAUAAUGAUGUAGGGAGAUGGAACAACAACAACGAUGCAGGGAAGUGGAAUCAUAACAAUGAUGCAGGAAGGUGGAACAACACCAAUGACUCUGGUAGAUGGAACAAUAACAAAGGAGGAGACAAUGAUGCUGGGAGAUGGAACAACAACAAAGGAGGAGACAAUGAUGCUAGGAGAUGGAUCAACGACAAUACUUGUCGCUAUUGUAAGGAACCCGGGCACAUAAGGAGAAACUGUAAGAAAUUACAAAAUCGUAACCAAUAA